UGGCAUAGGAUAGGAGCCGUUGGACUUAGGAAGGGGCAGUAAUAAUUUCAACGUCAAACGCUGAAACUUGUUUGAUUCUAUGUUUAUACCGAGAGAGGUUUGAUCGCAUUCUGGGACACAACGAAAUCCCUUCUAUCUUUUUGUGUAAAUCAGCAACUGGCCUGGAAGCCUAAAUCUUUUGAGAUGGGGAGGGAUAUAACUGGCAUUCGAAUUUCAAAUAAACCUGCUGUGGCCAAUUUCAUACCAAAUGGUGCAGAUAAUGUUUCCAACAACAUUUCAUCAGAGAGAGUUAAAACAAAGGACACCAAGGCAGAGGAUGAUGGCACAGCUGGGGGAUGUGGCGAGAAGCAAGAGGUGUUAUCUGUUAAGCGCAUGAAUAGCAAUAAUACAGACAUGAUGCACCAGGAGAAACCUGUGAAGGCUGAGACUCUAAAGUCAAGUGACAAAAAUCCCAUUAUUUCAAAGCCUUCAUCAGAUCUUGGAACUGAGGAUCAUGCUACUGAGAUUACUGAUGCUGGCUCGAACCAUUCAACGAAUUCUAAUGAUCUCGAGUCCCCCAUCCCCAUGACUGCAAAUAAACCACUGCAUAUGCAGCAGCUGGAUGAUCAUGAUGAAGAAGAUAGUUGUUCCUUGGCGUCUUCAUCAGCAGGAUCUGUGAGAAGCACCAAAUUCAAAGUUACUGUACCAUUAGGACCAACAUUUAGAUCUGAAGAGCGGGCAGCAAAGCGUAAAGAGUUUCACAUGAAGUUGGAGGAGAAACACAAGGCUUUGGAAGCUGAGAAACAGGAACAGGCUGCCAGAGCCAAGGAAAUGGAGGAAGCAGCUAUAAAGCAGCUUAGGAAAAGCAUGGUGUACAAAGCAAAUCCAGUUCCUAGCUUUUACCAUGAAGGACCUCCUCCAAAGGCUGAAGUUAAGAAGUCGCCUGUGACUCGUGCAAAAUCGCCAAACCUUGCACGAAGAAAAAGCUGCAGCGAUGUGUUCAUUUUAUAUCCAGAGGAAAAGAAAGGCUGUGCAAAGGCCCGUCAUAGCAUUGGCGCUUACACUGAAGAAGGCAGCAGCAGUAACAGCCGCAGCAGCAGCAAAGAACGAGUGGGGAGUGGUGGACGGAGUGGCAACAAUGGAAUUACCAGAGUGAAAGGCAGACCCAAAUCAGUUAAGGAGGACCCAAAUCAGGCAAAGGAAAUCACAGUGGAGGAGGAAGAGAUGAAGAAGAAGGAAUCAUCUCCGAUGAAAGAGAUAAAGGAGGAAAAUCCAGUGGAAGUGGAAGAAGAGAUGAUGAAGGAAUCAUCCCCGAUGAAAGAGAUAAAGGAGGAAAAUCCAGUUGAAGUGGAAGAAGAAAUGAUGGAGGAAUCAUCCCCGGUGAAAGAGAUGGAGCAAAAUGUUAAUCAAAUCCUUAAUGCGCUUGUAACUUGAAUGUGGAAGCACAAUUAACAAUGAAUUGCAUGUAAAUCAAAUCAAUCAACUAAACCAUGUUCAUGAUCAUUGUUUUUUUAAUUAAAACAAAAAUAAGGAUAAAGACUUACUUGAUUCUAUUGGAUAUGUAAUCUCUAGAUCGAAUAAAUCAAUAAAUCAAGAAUGCUUCACCUC